UAUAAGAAGAAUUGAAAGUAACAGAAAAGCCUUAUCAUACAAUUAAAAAUGAAUAGAGUAAUUAUAGUUUCGAAAUUAUGUUAAAAUAAUUCAGACUGUAAUGAAGACAUAAUUGGUUUAUCAUUCAUAGAAUCUUUAUAAGAAUCAGUUAUAUGGAUAAAAGAAUGUAAUGAAUAAAUUUAGGGGAUCAAAUAAAAAUAGGAAAUGGAAUUAAAGAAAUAAUAAGCAGAGAAGAAACAAUAAUAAUAGUAAUAUGAUGUUUAUAAAUAUUAAGAAGAUUAAAAAAUAAUUUACAAUAUACCAACAUCUGCACUUAUGUUAUUGAACAUUGAAAGUUCAUAAAUUUAGAUAAAAUUUGUUAGAUUGAAAACAGGGAGAAAGGAGGAUAGAUUAGACUUUCAGAUUUAGGAGUUUUUGUCAUAAUUGAUUGAUUUAGGUAUUCAUGAAAUAAACAAUAAUCAUAAAUUGAAAGAUUUUUGUGGUAAGCUUUGUGUUAAAGCCUACUAAUAGCCUAUAUUUUUGAACUCAAUGGAAAAGAGUGAAUAAUUAAAGGGAGUUAUGCCAUAGUGA